AUGCAGCUGUCUCGCCUCGGUCUGCUGGCUGCUUCCUUCAUUGCCUCUGUGGGAGCGCAAUCGACUUUCACUCCAGCUCGUCCCCCGGCGGCUCCGUUGGCUGUCAAGUCGCCGUACCUGAGUACUUGGCUGAACAUUGGCAGCGAUGGAGGAGAUGGAGGCUACCUCGCCGGCGAAUGGCCCGUGUUUUGGCAAAAUCAGGUCACUGGCUGGGCUGGUAUGGUCCGUGUGGACGGUCAGACGUAUACAUGGAUGGGCCUGCCGGGCACCAAAACGGUGAAUCAGACCGGGUUCGAGUAUACCUCAACCAAGACUAUUUUCACCAUGAACGUUCUGGACAAAGUGGAAAUGAACAUCACCUUCAUGUCGCCGAUUACGCCUACCGAUCUCAUGCGCCAAUCCCUUGUCUUCUCAUACCUGAACGUUGAAGUGUCUUCCUUGGAUGGUAGCAAGCACAAUGUGCAAGUUUAUGCGGAUAUCUCAGCUGAAUGGGUUUCGGGAGAUCGCAGUACCACUGCGCAGUGGGAUUACGGUACAACCGACGAUGUCGCGUACCACAAGGUGUACCGCCAGACCCAAUUGGCAUUCUCCGAGGUCAACCAGCAGAGUGAAUGGGGCCACUGGUAUUGGGCUACCGAUCUCAGUAAUGGCAUGAGCUACCAGUCCGGUCAAGAUGUUGUCGUGCGUGGUCAAUUCUCAUCGCAUGGUUCCUUGGCCAACACCAAAGACACGAAAUUCCGCGCCAUCAAUGACAACUGGCCCGUCUUCGGCUUUUCGUCUGACCUGGGUGCUGUUGGCGACACUCCCGUCAGCACGCUGUUCUCGCUUGGUCUUGCUCAAGAUGAGGCCGUUCAAUUCCAAGGCGCCUCGGCGUAUGCUCCGGUCCCUUCGCUUUGGAAAAGCUACUUCGACUCUGAGCUCGACGCGCUGUCUUUCUUCCACAGCGACUACGAGCACUCGAGCGGGAUUUCCAGCUCAUUUGAUAGCCAGGUUGCCAAAGAUUCCCUUGCUGUUGGUGGAGAUGACUAUCUCGUGCUCACCUCCCUCUCGGCUCGUCAGGCAUUUGGUGCUACUCAGUUGGCUGGUACCGAGGAGAAAAUGUACCUGUUCUUGAAGGAGAUCUCGUCUGAUGGAAACAUGAACACUGUGGAUGUUAUCUUCCCGGCUUAUCCUAUCUUCCUGUACUCGAACCCCGAACUCCUCAAGCUUGUCAUGGAACCGCUGUACGAGAAUCAGGAGGCCGGUAAGUACCCUAACACCUACGCCAUGCACGACAUGGGCUCGGCCUACCCGAACGCCACUGGUCAUGACGACGGAAAUGACGAGAAGAUGCCAUUGGAGGAGUGCGGCAAUAUGGUCAUCAUGACCUUGGCUUAUGCCCUCAAGGCUAGCGACGUCAACUAUUUGAACACUCACUACAACCUCCUCAAGAAGUGGACCACAUACCUGGUGGAUGAUGCUUUAUACCCUGCCAACCAAAUCUCCACUGAUGACUUUGCUGGAUCCCUAGCCAAUCAAACCAACCUCGCUCUCAAGGGCAUGAUUGGUAUCCAGGCCAUGUCCGUGAUCGCCAACAUGACUGGCCACAGCGACGAUGCCGCCAAUUAUUCCAGCAUCGCCCACAACUACAUUUCUAAGUGGCAGACUCUGGCGAUUGCCCAGGACGCCAACCCUCCGCAUACCACUCUGUCCUAUGGAGAUAACAGCACCCACGGCCUCCUUUACAACCUCUAUGCCGACGCUCAGCUGGGUCUGGGCCUCGUGCCGGAUUCCGUCUACCAGAUGCAGAGCAACUUUUACCCGACCGUCGCUAACAAGUAUGGUGUUCCCCUGGAUACCCGCCACACUUACACCAAGUCAGACUGGCAAUGCUUCUCGGCCGCCAUUGCUUCGACCAGCACUCGCGCUACCUUCUUCAAGGACUUGGCAACCUGGGUCAACGAGACGCCCACCAACCGUCCCUUGACUGAUCUGUACGACACUAUCUCUGGAAAUUACCCCACAACCACGUUCGUUGCCCGACCCGUCGUUGGCGGAGCCUUCGCUCCCCUCCUUGUGACAUCCUAA